AUUGAGUUUAGUUUAGUGUGGUGGUGGACUUUGUUCAGUGGACACCCCACAAAAUGACCUCCUCAGCUAUAACAACCUUCCUUGUGAUUUGUCUUUCUCUUCAAAUAACUAACGGGAAGUACGAGCCAACUUGGGACAGCAUAGACGCUCGCCCUCUACCAGACUGGUAUGACGAGGCAAAACUUGGAGUUUUCAUCCAUUGGGGUGUAUUUGCUGUACAGAGCUAUUCAACAGAAUGGGCCUGGUUCAACUGGAAAGAGAAUAAGUCGUCAUCAUUGGUGCAGUAUAUAGAAGACAAUUAUCCAAAAGGUUUUACAUAUCAAGAUUUUGCCAAGGAUUUUAAAGCUGAACUGUACGAUCCUGACCGAUGGGCUAAAAUAAUCGGGGCAUCUGGUGCAAGGUACGUAGUGCUCACUAGCAAGCACCACGAAGGUUUUGCAAUGUGGCCUUCAAAAUACUCCUUCAGCUGGAAUGCUAUGGACGUUGGACCUCAUCGCGACUUGGUUGGUGAACUAAGAACUGCAUUUGAAAACUACACAGACAUCAAGUUUGGUCUUUACCACUCCCUGUAUGAGUGGUACAACCCGCUCUAUCUGGCUGACAAGGCAAGAAACUUCACCAACUUAGGCCCAGUAAACUUUGCAGACUCAAAAAUAUUUCCAGAAAUGGUUGAAUUGGUAGAGCAGUACAAACCGCAUGUUUUCUGGUCUGACGGAGAGUGGGAAGCACCCACAAGCUACUGGAAAUCUCUGGAGUUUCUGGCUUGGUUGUACAACGAGAGUCCAGUUAGAGACACGGUCGUUGUCAAUGACCGCUGGGGCCAUGACACCCUUUGUAAACAUGGGGGCUUCCUCACUUGCGCCGAUCGCUUUAAUCCAGGAAAGCUUCAAACAAGAAAGUUUGAGAACGCUAUGACCAUCGACCGCAAGUCCUGGGGAUACAGAAGAACUGCCAGCCUAUCUGAUUACCUAACAAUUAAUCAGCUGUUGGUAACCCUUACAACUACUGUUAGUUGCGGAGGAAACGUCCUGGUGAACAUUGGGCCUACCAAGGACGGGAUAAUUCCGCCCAUUUACGAAGAGAGGCUGCUUCAACUGGGAUCUUGGAUGAAGGUGAACGGAGAAGCGAUCUACAGCUCAAAACCUUGGAUUGUUUGCCAAAACGAUUCUUUGACACCAGGAAUCUGGUACACAACAAACAAAGACAAAACCGUCUUGUACGCUACAUUCUCUCCGUGGCCAGUGGACAACAAAUUGAAGAUGAGCUGUCCAGAGUUCUCUGCGGAAACUACGAUUGAGCUGUUGGGAUUGAGAGGAAAACUAUCUUAUUCCUAUCCAACGGACGUAGUGACAGGCAGACUUGUGGAGAUUCAACUUCCAGACAAAGCCAGAGUGGCCAGUGAGUGGGUCUGGACACUCAAGAUGAAGGGAGUCAAGAAUUUGCAGGAAAGUUAUGAGACUGUUAGCGAAAGAGAGUUCGAAGCGGGAAUUACCGUCAAAUCAAACGGCUUCCAACAAAUGCUUAGGGAAGUUCUAAGAUAGGAUUUUUUUACGUUUGGGUAAAGUAGUUUUUGUAGCUUUUGUAAUCAGAAUAUAAAUUACAUUUUUAGAAAA